AUGGCUUCCUCAAAACUAGAAUAUCUGCUCUCUGAUGCCGAGACUGAGGAUGAGGACGGGGACCUGCCAGUGGUACUUCCAAAGCCGCUGCCAGAGUUGCUACGAGGGCGAAGACCAGUGCUAGAAAUGGAGGUCAAGGUCAAGAUCGAGGUCCUUAACAGGGACACGAGCGCCGGCGUACACGAGAGCCUUCUCCGUGUCUUUAUCGACCCCGAGACCGAGGGUGCUAUAGAGGCCAGCUUCAGCAUGGACGGAUCUGCUCACGACAUCAACAUUAAUGACUCGAUCAACGGCUUUUUCGUCGAUGGCGAACAGGUCCGCCAGCACCCCCAGCUCCUUAAGCUCUCCAUGCAGCGCCUAGGUGACUAG